CAGAUCUCCCACUGAACAACUGGGUUUCUCUGCUUGCCUAUGAACAUGAUCGGAGAAUACUUCUUCAUUUCUUCAGCUUUUUUGAUUUUUGGUUUGAUUUUGUUGUGGGCGUGGAGGUUCUUAAAUUGGGUAUGGCUGAAACCCAAGAAGUUGGAAAGAUUUUUGAGGGAGCAGGGAAUUAAGGGUCACUCCUACGGAUUGUUGUAUGGAACUCUCAGAGAGGAAUCAAGGAUGAUGAAGGAAGUCCAAUCCAAGCCUACGAACCUCUCUCACGAUAUUGCGCCACGUGUUCUCCCCUUCAUCCAUCAAACUUUCAAGGACUACGGUAGGACAUCUCUUUGUUGGAUUGGAACAUCUCCUAGAGUAAACAUCUUGGACCCCACUCUCAUAAGGGAUAUUUUGUCUAACAAGUUUGGCCAGUUUCAGAUGCCUAAACUAAAUCCACUCGUCAGAUUGUUAGUGACUGGGCUUCUGAGCUAUGAGGAUGACCAAUGGGCCAAACACAGAAGAAUUAUCAGUCCUGCUUUCCAUCAAGAGAAGUUGAAGCUUAUGCUACCUGCAUUUUAUGCAAGUUUCGCUGAGUUGGUUAGCCGAUGGAACAAAUUGACUACACCAAAAGGGUCUUGUGAAUUGGAUAUAUGGCCUGAAAUCCAGAACGUAACAACAGAUGUCAUCUCUCGAGCAUUAUUCGGUAGUGGCUAUGAAGAAGGGCAGAAGAUAUUCCAACUCCAAAAUGAACUAUCUAAGCUCACUCUGCAGGUUCUUCAGUCUGUAUACAUCCCGGGUUUUAGGUUCCUACCUACAAAAAAGAACAACAGGAUGAAGGAAAUUGAAAAAGAAAUACAGACUGUUCUGACAGGUAUCAUAAAUAAGAAAGAAGCAACUCCAAGUGUUGGAGAAGUAAGUAGCAGUGACUUAUUGAGCUUGCUAAUAGACUCUAAUAAAAACUAUAUCCAAGAACAUGGCAGCAAGAAGAAUGCAGGAAUGACUAUUAAAGAAGUAAUAGAGGAGUGCAAGCUAUUUUAUUUUGCAGGACAAGAGACAACAUCUAAUUUGCUUGUGUGGACCAUGGUUGUAUUGAGCAUGCAUAUGGACUGGCAAACACGCGCAAGGGAGGAGGUGUUGAAAUUCUUCGGUAACGACAUACCGAGCUAUGGCGGGUUAAGCCACCUUAAGAUUGUUACCAUGAUUCUGUAUGAAGUUCUCAGACUAUACCCACCAACAGUAACGAUUGGUAGGUCUACUUACAAGAAUACAAAACUAGGGGAAAUCUCUCUACCACCUGGAGUGCACCUAGAAAUGCCAAUACUCCUCCUCCAUCAUGAUCUUGAAUUUUGGGGUGAAGAUGCCCAAGAGUUCAAACCGGAAAGGUUUGCAGAAGGAGUUUCAAAGGCAACAAAUAAUCAAGUCUCAUUCUUCCCAUUCGGUUGGGGUCCGCGGAUAUGCAUUGGACAGAACUUUGCAAUGACUGAAGCAAAGAUGGCUCUGGCUAUGAUUCUGCAACAUUUCUCUUUUGAGCUUUCACCAUCAUAUACUCAUGCUCCUUGCUUUGUCCUAACUCUCCAACCACAAUAUGGUGCUCAAAUCAUAUUUCAUAAACUUGAGCAUGCAUCCUUCUCCUAGCCAUGGUCAUUAUUACUUGAAUCUUCUAUUCUCUACUAGGAAUUCUAGCAUAUAUGUACCAGUUUAAUAUAUAGUAGUAUGGGACCACGUCCUCUGUUCUUCUUGAGUCCUAUGAACAUCUAUGACACAAUUCAACCAAAGCUUACAAUAGGAAGAAUGAGGAAAUAAUGCUCCUUACAAUAGGAAGAAAGUUUGCAAAUAAUGUGGAUUAACCUUGGAUUUUUACAA